UAUCAUUUAAAUAAGUUGAAAUAAAAACUAUCUAAUAGUGAGGCUCAAAGGGAGUUUCUCAAGUGUGGGAAGAAAAAAGAACAGGAGAAAGGAGAAAACAAGAAAUACACAAUCCUAAAGAUGGGAGAGAUGGCAGAUCCAAUCCAGUUCAAAGAUGAGGGGAACAAGUAUUUUCAGGCUGGUGAUAUGGACAAGGCCAUUGAGUUUUAUACUAAAGCCAUCAAGAGUUGCAAGGACAAAAAGGUGCUUGCCAUCAUCUACAGGAACAGGUCAGCCUGUUUCCUAAAAAAGGAAAGCUACGCCAAUGCAGCCUCUGAUGCCACCAAAGCCAUUGAUGUGGAUGCAGCAGAUGUCAAAGCUCUGUUCAGACGCUGCCAGGCCCUGGAGAAGCUGGGCAAGCUGGACAUGGCUUUCAAAGAUGUCCAGAGGUGUUCCACCAUUGAGCCCAAAAACAAGACUUUCCUGGAAACUCUCAGGAGGCUGGGUGCUGAGAUCCAAGCCAAGCUGAAGACAUCUUUCUCCACGGACUCCCGUGUUCAGAACAUGUUUGACAUUUUGCUUGAUGAGGAGUCAGACAAGGAAAAGAAGGAAAAGGCUGCCAACAACCUGGUGGUUCUGGCCAGAGAAGAUGCUGGCGCAGAGAGAAUCUUCCAGAACAACGGAGUGGCUCUGCUAUUGGAUCUGCUUGGGACUGGAAAAGUAGAGAUGGUCCUGGCCGCUAUUCGCACCUUUGCUGGAAUGUGCACUGGACACAAAGCUCGGGCCAUGGCCAUUAUCCACAUGGUGGGGAUUGACAAGCUGUGCAGCAUCAUGGCCGUCGACAAUGAGGAAAUUGCCCUGGCAACAUCCGACCUGUUCCAGUGCGUCAAUGACUCCCUCACAGGAGGAGACAGGAGGAUUUAUGGCAAGGAGGAAGCCAUGGUUUUGGAUGCUGGCAAGGACUUGAAGAGCAUCCUGAUGGCCCUGUUGGAUAUGCUCAUCAACAAGAAGGUUUCUGGAUAUGGUAGAGAUCAGGCACUUAAUCUUCUGUCCAGGAACGUGCCUCGCAAGAACAAAAAGGACACUGACCACUCCAAGACCCUCUUCACUAUUGACCACGGUCUGAAGAAGAUCCUGAAGGUGUGUGGCCAGAUCCCUGAACUCCCAGACCAGCUGCCCAUGACGGAAAACACGCAGCUCAUCGCCAGCGUGCUGCUCAACAAGCUCUGGGAUGACCUUCGCUGUGACCCUGAAAGAGACAACUACAGGGAGGUCUGCGACGAGUACAUCAAAGGAAAGUUUGACCCUAACGACAUGGACAAAAACAUCCACGCCAUCAACGCUCUGUCUGGCCUGCUGCAGGGGCCCUUCGAGGUGGGGAACCAACUUGUGGGGCGCCAGGGCAUCAUGGAGAUGAUGGUGGCGCUCUGCGGCUCAGAGCGUGAGGUGGACCAGAUGGUUGCUGUGGAAGCGCUGAUCCACUCCUCGACAAAGUUGAGCCGCGCCUCUUUCAUUAUCACUAAUGGUGUUUCGCUGCUCAAAGACGUCUACAAGAAAACCAAGAAUGAGAAGAUUAAGAUCCGCUCGUUAGUGGGUCUUUGCAAGCUGGGUUCUGCAGGUGGAGAUGAUUACAGUAUGAGGCAGUUUGCUGAGGGUUCCACUGAAAAACUGGCCAAGCAGUGCAGGAAGUGGUUGUGUAACACUGCCAUGGACACAAGGACAAGGAAGUGGGCUAUAGAAGGCCUGGCCUACUUGACACAAGAUGCUGAUGUAAAAGAUGAAUUUGUUGAAGAUGAGCCUGCCUUAAAAGCCAUGUUUGACCUUGCCAAGUCUAAAGACAAGACCAUCCUGUAUGCAGUGGCCUGUACCCUGGUCAACUGCACUAACUGCUAUGAGAAGAAAGAUUUUUUGCCUGAGCUGGUUCAGUUGGCCAAGUUCUCCAAGCAGCACGUCCCGGAGCAGCACCCAAAAGACAAGAAGGAUUUCAUUCAGAAGAGAGUGAAAAAACUGUUAAAGGGAGGGAUCAUCUCAGCUCUGUCGGUCAUGGUAAAAGCAGACAACACCCUUCUGACUGACCAGACUAAAGAGAUGCUGUCAAGGGUGUUUCUUGCCUUGGCAGAUGAUAUCAAAGACCGUGGCACGAUUUGUGCCCAAGGGGGGGGUAAAGCUUUGAUCCCGUUGGCUCUAGAGGGGACAGCGAUAGGUAAGGUAAGAGCCGCCCAUGCCCUGGCCAAGAUCGCAUCUUCCUGCAACCCAGAGAUAGCUUUCCCAGGAGAGAGGAUCUAUGAAGUGGUCCGUCCUCUGGUUAGUUUGUUGCAGCCUGAGAGAGAAGGGGUAGAGAACUAUGAGGCACUACUGAGCCUUACCAACCUGGCUGGUCUUAAUGAUAAACUGAGAGUAAAGAUCCUUAAAGAGAAGGCUCUCCCUGAGAUUGAGCAGUAUAUGUUUGAAGACCACGACCACAUCAGACUGGCAGCCACAGAGUGCAUGUGCAACUUGGUGACGUGCAAAGAGGUGCAGGAUCGCUACAUGGAGGAUGGGAAUGACAGACUGAAGCUACUGGUGCUGCUGUGCUCUGAGGAAGAUGAAAAGCUCCAGAGAGCUGCAGCUGGAGCCCUAGCCAUGCUCACCGCAGCCAAUAAGAAGCUGUGCACCAAGAUGACCCUGGUGACUUUGCAGUGGAUGGAGAUCCUUCAGAGGCUAAUUCUUCAUGACCAGCCCCAGAUCCAGCACAGAGGGUUGGUGAUUGUGUACAACAUGCUGAACUCGGAUGACAAUGAGCUGGCCAAGAAGCUGAUCGAGAGUGAGAUCCUGGAGAUCCUGUCAGUGAUUGGCAAAGGAAUGAACAAUCCCAAGAGGCAAAUUGUGAUCGAUGUGGCACGCACCUGCCUGACCAAGGCCAUGGACCUCGGCCUCAUCAAGCCAUUCACAACCCCUUCUUAAAGUAGUAUUUCCAAACCUUUUUACAGUACCACGGACUGGUAUGUAAUGGUUGUCCUUGAAGUUAUUUGUCGAUUGUGGCAAUGAGACGAAGUACAACAAAAAAAACAAUCAACCAGAAACAACUCACACAUAUACAGAAACAAGAACAUGUAUGACAUUUACUUUUCGGUGUUUCCACUUGCAAAUGCCCAUAACCCUCUCUGGCUGCAGUGUCCCGGAAGUCGGCCAACACCGGUUACAGGACAUUGGACUAACAAAUUGAGCCCUUUAAUGACAAACUGAAACUUACAGAAAUUACAGAAAGCCAAACUUACUUAUGGAAAAAUCUGAUACAACUCCCAGACUAAAGGUUGAGAUAGUGUGUAAAGGGUCUAAGUUUGUGGACAAAGACCCAAGGACAGGAAACUGAUGAUCCACUUGAAAAGCUGAAGGGUCUGCUCUCCUGAAUUUUGGGACAGUACAAAUUAAUUUCUAUGACAGUUUUGCUUUUUUAAUUAUUUUCUAAGUUAUACAGAAUGUUUUUGUGUGGAUGAGAGGUUUGUCUUUAAUUAUAUUUGUAUUUUUCAUCUGUUAAGGAUAAAUAUUAGAUUUUUUGCAAAUACUUUUGAUUCUUGAAUAUUGCCUACCUGGAUUUAAGUGGUCUUGUCUAUUCUAUGGUCUGUUGGUUGUGUUCGUGAUCGGUUACUGUAACCUACAGAGGACAUUGGUUAGGAGUGUACCUAGUUUAUAACAACAUAGUCACUAAUAGGCAAAGCGUGUGUUUUUAAUUGGUUGGACUUUAAGAUUAUGCAUAACACAGGAAGAAUAAUAGGAAGGAUACAAAACAAUAAAAAAGAUUUUCAAUUCA